AGGCGACAAACGCAUAUGGUAUACCCGGUCAACCAUCUUACUCCUCGUGCACGGCAGUCACUACUCACUCACCAACCAAAUAAUGUUUCUCUAUUUAAACAUUUCAUACCUAGGCUGAAUUGUUUAGGAAGGAAGAUGGCUGGCAAGCAAAGUGUUUCCUCUGACCCCCUCAGCUGGGGCCUAGCAGCGGAUUCACUCAAGGGCAGCCACUUUCAUGAGGUCAAACGCAUGGUGGCGGAGUACCGGAAGUCUACCCUAUGCAUGGGAGCAGGGGAGCCCCUAACCGUGUCGCAGGUGGCUGCCGUUGCCAAGCGUGAGUCUCAAGUCAAGGUGGAGCUCUCUGAGUCUGCGAGGGCAGGCGUCGAGGCCAGCUGCCAGUGGAUCAUGGACAGCGUUGAAAAAGGCAUUACCAUCUAUGGUGUUACCACUGGCUUUGGUGCUGCCUCCAACAGAAAAACCGAUCAGGGACUUGCCCUUCAGAAAGAGAUGGUUAGGUUUUUGAAUUGUGCAAUAUUUGGCCAUGAAAGUGAGUUAUCCCAUACCCUGCCAAAAUCAGCAACGAGAGCAGCAAUGCUUGUGAGAGUCAACACCCUUCUUCAGGGGUACUCUGGCAUCAGAUUUGAAAUCUUAGAAGCUAUCACCAAACUCCUCAACAACAAUGUCACCCCUGUAUUGCCAUUACGCGGUACCAUUACUGCUUCUGGCGAUCUGAUUCCUCUCUCCUACAUUGCUGCAUUGCUAACUGGCCGGCAAAACUCCAAAGCCCUCGGACCCUCUGGAGAGUCCCUUGAUGCAAAGGAAGCUUUCCAUUUAGCAGGUCUGCAUUCUGGGUUCUUUGAGCUGAAACCCAAAGAAGGACUUGCCCUCGUAAAUGGCACCGCCGUGGGGUCUAGUGUAGCUUCUGUGGUGCUCUUUGAGGCAAACAUCUUAGCUUUAUUGUCUGAAAUUUUGUCAGCAGUUUUCACCGAAGUUAUGCAGGGGAAUCCAGAAUUUACACAUCAUUUGAUACAUAAGCUGAAGUACCAUCCUGGCCAAAUUGAAGCUGCUGCUAUUAUGGAGCACAUCUUAGAGGGUAGCUCUUACAUCAAACAAGCCAGAAUGCAACAGCCAGAUCCAUUGCAGAAGCCUAAAAAAGAUCGUUAUGCUCUCCAAACUUCUCCUCAGUGGCUUGGUCCACAGAUUGAAGUCAUCAGGUAUUCGACUAAAUCAAUUGAGAGGGAAAUAAACUCUGUCAACGACAAUCCUUUGAUUGAUGUCACUAGUAGCAAAGCUUUGAAUGGUGGCAAUUUUCAAGGCACCCCAAUUGGAGUUUCGAUGGAUAAUGCACGCUUAGCUGUUGCUUCAAUUGGCAAACUCAUCUUUGCCCAAUUUACCGAGCUGGUCAAUGACUCGUAUAACAACGGUUUGCCAUCGAAUCUCUCUGUCGGCAGAAAUCCGAGUCUGGAUUAUGGCUUUAAGGCAUCUGAGGUUGCCAUGGCUGCUUAUUGCUCUGAACUUCAAUAUCUGGCAAACCCAGUAACCAACCACGUGCAAAGUGCUGAGCAACAUAACCAAGAUGUGAAUUCCUUGGGGUUAAUUUCUGCUUGGAAAACCGUAGAAGCUGUGGAGAUAUUGAAGCUAAUGUGCUCCACGUAUUUGGUUGCGCUUUGCCAAGCUAUUGACUUGAGGCAUUUGGAGGAAAUUUUGAAGAGCACAAUCAAGGAUACUAUAAGCGGAGUUGCAAAGAAGACAUUAAGCACGGAUUUGUUUGGAUCAUGUGAGAGAGAUUUGCUCAAAGUAGUUGAUAGAGAAUAUGUAUUCUCCUAUAUUGAUGAUCCCUUCAAUGUUAAGUAUCCAGUGAUGCCAAAAUUGAAACAAAUACUUUAUGAGGAAGCACAAGCGAGUGCCAUCAGCGGGAAGAAAAAUGCGAGCGUAGUUUUUGAGGAAAUUGGAGCUUUUGAGAAUGAGUUGAAGAGUAUGUUACCAAAUGAGGUUGAAAGUGCAAGGGUGGCUUAUGAGAAUGGGAAUCCAACAGUUCCAAAUAGAAUUGCAAAAUGCAGAUCAUACCCUUUGUAUAAGUUUGUGAGGGAAGAGCUCGGAAUAGGGUUGCUCACCGGCGAGAAGACUGCCUCACCAGACAAAGAAUUCGAGAAAGUAUUUACAGCAAUUUGUCAAGGAAAGAUUUUUGACUCCAUUCUAGACUGUCUCAAAGAAUGGGACGGGGUUCCCGUUUCAGUUUUCUAGCUUUCCAGUUUGUACUUGUCACUAGUGUUGAAUUUAGUUUAACUAUCAAAUAAAGAAAUGUAUGAUUUUAAUUUCUAAUAGCAAGAAAAUAAAAGUUGUUUCAA